AUGUUUGGUAAAAAUAAUUCUGUUGAAAUGGAAGACGGUGGGAAACAAAUGAAUUUUUUUCAUAAAAAUGAGAUUAUUGACAUAAAGGUUAUUAAUGAUGAAGUAUUUACACUUUCUAAAGAUAAGUUGUUGAUAUGGUCAUUUAAUGAUGAUCAAUUGUUUAUUACAACCAAGAUUGAUUUAGUUGGUGGUAUUUGUUUUGUUGUUGUGGGUGAUGAAAUUGUUAUAGGAACGGAUUCUAAUUUAAUUUCUAUAAAUAGAAAUUCGUUUGAUAAAAAUAUUUUAUUAGAAAAUAAAAUAUACUCUUUAGCAGUAAAUAAGAAUCAUAUAGCAGUUUGUUCUAAAGAAAUAAUAUUUUAUAAUUUUGAGUGGAAGGAAAUUAAUAGACUUACACCUAAAGAUACCGUUACUUAUUCAUCAUUUUAUGGAACUAGUUUAUUUGCUUUUUCUUGUAUGGAUUCUAAAAUUUAUGUUUAUUCAUAUCCAAAUUUAGAUUUAAAAUUCACCCUUUAUGGUCACUCAUUACCAAUUAGAUCAUUUAAGUUUUCUCCUAAUGGUACUUUAUUGACCUCUUGUGGUGCCGAUAAGUUAAUUAAAGUUUGGGGUAUGGACUUUGGUGAGUGUAGGAAGACAUUUAUUGGUGAUUCAUUAAAUGUUGAGUAUUUUGAUGAUGAGUUGUUUCUUUAUUAUAAUGAUGGAAUUAUUUAUAAUAGGAAAUUUUCUAAAUUAAGAAAAUAUAAAUCAUAUGAAAGAGGAUUGAUUGCUGUUAAUGAUGAUUUUAUGAUUAUUACGACUAAUCAGGGAUUGGCUUAUUACUCCAUUGAUGAGGCUGGAUUAAUAGAAGGGGAAGAAGAUGAUGAUGAAUUUGAUAAAGUUAUAUUAAAAGAAGGAUUGAUUAUGGAUUUAAAGGGGUAUGAACGAUUUGUAGGUUAUUUAGAAAGUAUUGAAGAGAAUAGUAACAUACUUAAAGGUGAAUUUUAUAACUUUCUAGUAGGUUUAGACUUAUUAGAAGUUCUUAAUUAUAUUUCAUUACUUGAUGUCACUAGUAUAAAAAUUAUAUUAAAGGAAUUAGAAGAAAACAUAGAUGUGAACAUAAUAUUUAAUACACGUGUGUUUAUUAAAUUAUGUGAAUACCACGAGGAAAUAGUUAAAUCUUAUGAAAAUUAUGAACAAAUUAAAAUGGGAUUAAUUGAACGUGUAAGCAAAAUUAGGAAUAAAACGGGUGAAUUAUGUUUUAAGACUAAAAUGUUUACUAAUUUUAUAGAAUAA